GGUAGUGUUUCCUUAUGUGCAUGAGAUCAAGUUUAUAUUAUAUGUGGUGCAAAUCAAGUUGUCAUGUUAAUUUCUUUGAAUGUAUCAUUUGAUUGAUUUGAGAAUUUUGUUAUAUUUGCAGGGGAAGCCUCCAGAUUGGCAGGAUUUUGUUGGAAUUAUUACUUUGCUGUUGAUCUACUCGACUGUUGGUUUUAUUGAGGAAAACAAUGCUGGUUACGCGGCUGCUGCUCUCAUGGCUAGUCUUGCUCCGAAAGCUAAGGUUCUUCGAGAUGGAAGGUGGAAUGAGCAGGGUGUCGCGGUUUUAGUUCCUAGUGACAUUGAUAUGAUGUUGCUAAGGAUAAAUGGAGAAUCAGAGAAGACUAUGGACCAAAGAUUACAAGAUAUGAAGCAUGUUUAUUUUUUAUAAAUUUAGACAAGACACUGUAUUAAUUUCUACUUCAACUUACACAUUACAGUUAAGGGUAUGAAUUAAGUAGAAGUUUCAUUGAGGGUGGGAAAUAGACAUUAAAAUUGCAAGUUU